AUGUUACAAAUUCCACGUAUUAUAUCAAAUAAAAGUUUGAAUAUAGAAGAAUAUAGUUCAGUAAAAAUUGAUUGUCUGCUCGAACAACGUCAAUUAGUUGCAUGGAGAAUUAAUUUCCGCUAUGAUAAUACUUAUAGAUAUUAUUAUAUGAAUCCAAGUUUUCGAAAUCAAUUUUUACAGUCAAAUGAAGAUAAAUCAAGGGAUAUUACAUUUGAAAAUAGUAUGCAAACAAUAAUCGUAUCGAAUGUACGCCAAUGGAUAAAUAAUAUAUAUGAAACUAUAGAAUGUGUUAUGUAUAAUAAACAAAUGAAUUUAUUUGAAAGACGAGUUUUCUAUUUAAAUAUUUAUGUUUCACCAUUUUUAUUUUCAGUUAAUAUUAAUAAUAUUCCUAUGAAAAAUAAAUCAAUAUUUUCGUUUUCUGAUAAACAAAGAAUUAAUGUUAUAUGUGAAAUUUAUUCUUAUCCAAAAUCAACAUUACAAAUAAGAUUGAAUAAUCAAAUCAUUCAUGUUCAAGAAACUAUUGAUUGUUUUAAUGAUGAUCUUUCAACUAUUUUAUUAUCAGAUUCAUUAUGUCUUUCUCAAACAAAUUGGCGUAUACGUGUACGAAUAAAUACGACAUUAUAUCUUACAGAAAAACAUAAUAAACAAAAUUUAAUAUGUUCAGUUAUUAAUUUUCCCUAUGGAUAUUCAUGGAAUUAUUCUACAGAAAUUCGAUUCCUGGAGUCGAUAGGUAAAAAAUAUAAUCAUUAG